ACUUUUUAAUACGUGAAAAUCAAAAUGGAUAUAAAAGGGGCCAAUCCGUUUCUUUUUACUGAGGAGGAAACAUCACCAAACUCAUCAAAUAGUAAUCCUUUUCUAGUUAACGACGACUCUGAGGAAUUUGGAAGCGAAAAUCCAUUUUUAUCAUCGCAAAUUACAAUGGCUCCGUCAAACUCAACAAAUCCGUUCGCCUUCGAUCCAGUGGAAAAUGAUACAACAAAUAUUACUCAAAAUGCAAAUUUUCCGAUUACUACAACAAAUAAUGUGUUUACUCAAGAUCUCUUCCUUUCUGAUACAACAAUUACAAUAACAACCACAGCAAUUCAAAAACCAACAGAUUUAGAUUUAAAAUAUAUCAACACUGAGUCCAACACUCAACCAACGAAACCUCCAAAAGAAACUCAAGACCUCUUAAUGUCAGUUAUGGGUGAAAUGGACGCAACUAGUUCACAUUUAUUGGAUAAAAUUCCACCUACGAGGACUCCAAGUCCGGUUUCCAUGCGAGACUUACACUCUCCCAGCCCAACUCCGGAACCUUUUGCAGACUUAGUGGAUGUCUCCGAUGAAAAACAAGAUUUAAAUGAUUUGUUGAUGCUUGAUGAAAAUGACGAUGUUAAUCAGAAUGUGGUUCAACCAAUGAUUUCAAAUGAUAUGACUCAACCAAUGAUUCCAAAGGAUAUGGUUCAACCAAUGAUUCCAAAAGAUAUGGUUCAACCAAUGAUUCCAAAAGAUAUGGUUCAACCAAUGAUUCCAAACGAUAUGGUUCAACCCACAGAAAUUGCUCCUAUAAAAGAAACGACUCCACCAAAGGUGGUCCCAUUGAGACCAACACCACCACAAAGACCUUGUCCACCUGCAAGACCGCCAAGACCAGCUUUACCACCUCAAAAACCACCACCACCAGCGAUUUUUCCUCAAAAAACAACACCACCACAACCUAUUCAACAACCAAUUCAACAAUCAAUUCAACAAUCAAUGCAACAAUCAAUUCAACAACCAAUUCAACAACCUAUUCAGCAACCUAUCCCUCAAAAUGCUCCGUUCCAAGCCCCACAGGAGUCAGUCAACGAUGAUAUUUUAAUGUUUGGGGAUAACAUCCCAACAAAACCUGUAACAACUCAAGAUAUUUUAAGUUUAUACAACAAACCAGUUGAAAAACAAGAUUUUCUUUGUGAUAACCUUGAAGAAAUAACUCCAAAAAGUAGCAUGGAAAACAUUCAAAACGACAAAACACCCCAACCAUUAGUUCAAGAUAACUUCUUAUCGCCGGAUCCUUCUCAUUCCGAUACCCAAAUGGAUACCAGUGACAGUCAAAGUAAAGGUUCAGCUUCAAGCGUGACAUUCAAUCCGUUUGCAGUUCAAGAUAUCCCCGUUUCAAAAACGCCAGGAGAUGAAACGUGUCAAGAAGACGUUCAAAUGGAGGAAGAAGAAGUGGAAGAAAUCAAAGAAGAAAUAAAAGAAUCCGAAUUUGUUGUACAGUCUCAAGUUAUUGAACCAAUUCAAAACGUAUUUUCAAUUGAACCGAAUCAACCUGAUUCAUUUCAAGAUCAAGAUAUGUAUCAAAAUCAUUUUAAUCAACCGGAAAUUAAUAACCAAGAAGUACAGAUGCAAAGUCAUCAGGAGAUAUUUGAAAAGCAAGAUGCGUUUGAUGCCUUCACGGCUAAAUUUGAAUCGGCAGUUACUCAAGAUGAAAAUAAAAACGGUGGUUUUGAUGCUUUUGGUGAAAGUGCCGGUGGUGGUGUUGGUGGUGGUACUUGGGGCGAUUCCCAAAUAUCAGAUGGUUUCAACGAUUCUAGUUCAGGGUUUGGGCCGGACGAAUCUUUCGAUGCUUUCUUAGCGAUGAAAGAACCACCGGCUCCGCAAAGUACGCCCAAUAAAUUUACUCAAAGUGGAUCUUUAGAUUCUGAAGAAGAAAAAGAUUUUUCAGUUGUAAUAAGACCAAAGAACGACGAUGUCUUCGUUGAUUCGGUUUUACCAACAAUUGCACCUCCGACGAUUCCUAUGGUUGCCAUGGAUUCAUCGCCAAGAUUUAAUCCUUUUGAUCUUUCGGAACAAGCUCAAACAGCGUUACCACAUGAACCAGCUAUUCCAUUUGAAGAAGCUGCUUUUAAACGGACGGAUUCCCAAGAAACUCCCCCGACUCCUCUUUUCGACGACGAUGUAUCUCAACCUUUGGAACCAUUUCCUAGAAUGGAAUUUACAGAGGACGGUUGGGAAAUUCAACUACGACAGCCGAACAAAAAGAAAAUUACCGGACAAAGAUUCUGGAGAAAAAUGUGGCUUCGAGUCUACCAAACAGGUGACACUUCUUACCUACAACUCUUCAACAACAAAGAAGAGAAAAAUCCAGUGCAAGAACUCCCAUUACAACCGUGCUAUUCCGUUUCGGAUAUUGGAGCUCAACAAUACGAUACAUUUGGAAAAAUUUUCACCGUAAAAAUCCAAUAUAUUUUCUAUAAAGAGAGACCGGGAAUUCGACCUGGACAAGUAAAGAAAGCUGAACGAAUUACAAAUAAACUUAGCCAAUUUGCUGCUUAUGCAAUUCAAGGUGAUUAUCAAGGUGUUAAAGAAUUUGGAAGUGAUUUAAAAAAGCUGGGUCUACCAGUAGAACACGCGCCACAAGUAUCCCAAUUAAUGAAGCUAGGCUCAUUAAGUUACGAAGACCUAAAACGGUUCUCAUUUUCAAUGGAAGAGGCAUUAUUUAAAAUGAAUGCCCAUCGAGAUCGUGCUUUACAAUUCAAAAUGGAAGAGGUGCAAAUUACUGCAGUCGAUGAACUUUACGUAGAACAAGACGCUGAAGGUCACGUUGAAAAGCAAAUAGCUCGUGUGAGACUAUUCUUUUUAGGAUUUUUGACCGGAAUGCCGGAUAUCGAGCUAGGUAUUAAUGAUAUGCGGAGACAAGGAAAAGAAGUCGUCGGUAGGCAUGAUAUAAUCCCGGUAGCAACUGAAGAAUGGAUUAGAUUGGAAGCCGUCGAGUUUCAUUCUUGCGUCCAGCAAGACGAGUACGAAAAAUCGCACAUUAUUAAAUUUCAACCUCCAGAUGCUUGUUAUAUUGAAUUGAUGAGAUUUAGAAUUCGACCACCGAAGAAUCGGGAACUUCCUUUACAAUUAAAACCAACUAUUUGUAUUUCAGGAAACAAAGUUGAAUUGCGCGCUGAUGUGUUGGUGCCAGGUUUUGCUUCAAGGAAACUUGGCCAAGUACCUUGCGAAGAUGUAAUGAUAAGAUUUCCGAUUCCCGAGUGUUGGAUUUAUCUUUUUCGGGUGGAGAAACAUUUUAGAUACGGUUCGGUAAAAUCGACUCAUAGAAGGACGGGAAAAGUGAAAGGAAUCGAAAGGAUUUUGGGCACCGUAGACACUUUACAAGAGAGUUUAAUUGAAGUUACUUCCGGUCAAGCGAAAUAUGAACAUCAACACCGGGCGAUUGUCUGGCGAUGUCCUCGUUUGCCGAAAGAAGGACAAGGUGCUUAUACAACACACAAUAUGGUUUGCCGGUUAGCUUUAACCAGUUACGAUCAGAUGCCUGAAAAAUUAGCUGNCCCCUAA